AGGCGCGCACGUGGGGCCCCGGCCGCGCGCAGCCGCGGUCUCCCUUGUUGUCUCCCUUAGCCGCGGUCAGCGUAGUUUUCGACGCGGUCGUCCUAGCUGAGCCGCGGGCGCCGCCGCAGGGAGGGAGCGGCGCUGCGGCCGCCGCCGUCCGAGGACGCCUCGUAUUCUGGGGCCCGGCACGGUGGCUGCGGGCUCGCCAAGCGCAGCCCGCCUAGGAGGAAGGCGGCGGCUCCCGUCCAGCGGGCCGCCGGAGCCGGGAGGAGACCAUGUCCGGGAGGCGCCCUCAGUUCUCCACGACCGAGCGCGUCAUCAAAGCUGUCCCCUUUCCUCCAACCCGACGGCUAACUUUGAAGGAAGUAUUUGAGAAUGGGAAACCUAAAAUGGAUGUUUUGAAAAACCAUUUGGUAAAAGAAGGCCGGGUAGAAGAGGACGUAGCCUUAAAGAUAAUCAAUGAUGGGGCUGCCAUCCUGAAGCAAGAGAAGACUAUGCUAGAAGUGGAAGCUCCAAUCACAGUGUGUGGUGAUGUUCAUGGACAAUUCUUUGACCUGAUGAAGUUGUUUGAAGUUGGGGGAUCACCUAGUAAUACUCGCUACCUCUUCCUGGGUGACUAUGUGGACAGAGGCUAUUUCAGUAUAGAGUGUGUGCUGUAUCUGUGGAGCUUAAAGAUUAACCAUCCUAAAACAUUGUUUCUGCUUCGAGGGAAUCAUGAAUGCAGGCAUCUUACAGAGUACUUCACCUUCAAACAAGAAUGUCGGAUCAAGUAUUCAGAGCUGGUGUACGAAGCGUGCAUGCACACUUUCGACUGUCUUCCUCUUGCUGCCCUCUUAAACCAGCAGUUUCUCUGUGUACACGGAGGAAUGUCUCCUGAAAUUACUUGUUUAGACGACAUUAGGAAAUUAGAUAGGUUUGCUGAACCUCCUGCAUUUGGGCCAGUGUGCGAUCUGCUUUGGUCUGAUCCCUUAGAGGAUUAUGGUAGUGAGAAGACCCUGGAGCACUACACCCACAACACUGUCCGAGGCUGCUCCUACUUCUUCAGGUGUCUUGGUGUAGUCCCGGCUAUCCUGAAGCUUGCCCUGUAGACCAAGCUGACUUCGAAUUCAGAAAUCUACUUGCCUCUGCCUCUGCCUCUGCCUCUCUGCCCCUCUGCCCCUCUGCCCCUCUGCCCCUCUGCCCCUCCUCUGCCCCUCCUCUGCCCCUCCUCUGCCCCUCCUCUGCCCCUCCGCCUCCUGAUUGCUGGAAUUAAAAGCAUGUGCCUCCACACCUGGUUUUAUGAAAUUUUACUUAGUGGCUUAGGUCUCAAACAUGUAGUAUAGACUUCUGUUUAGUCUCAUUCUCUGUAUUCUUAUUUCUCUUUGCUCUCUGUCCUUUUUCUCCCCUCCUUCUCCCCUUCCUUUCAUUUUGGUGUUGGAGAGCAAAUCCAAGGCCUUACACAUCCUGGACAAGCACUUGUUCAAUUUCUUAAUAGCAGAAAAGUCUUAAUAUAUUCUUAGACGUGAGAUCAUAAGAAGUAUAGAUUAGUUAAAAACCUCUCCUAAUAUCUCAUUGUUAUAAGUUCUAAAUUAGUAUUAUUUCUAGAUAUCAUCUAGAUACUUCCUAAUGAUCUAUUUUUAUGUGUGUAAUGCUUUGCCUGUGUGUGUGUGUGUGUGUGUGUGUGUGUGUGUGUGUGUGUGUGUGUGAACUACAUGUGUGCAUGUGUGCCUGGUGCUUGUAGAGACCAGAAGUGGCAUUGGGUCCCUUGGAACUAGUAGUUACAGAUGACUGUGAGCCAUCUUGGGGUGAGAGAGCAGUACUGCAAACCAAACCUGGGUUCUCUGCAAGAACAAGAAGUGUUCUUUAACACUGAGCAUGUCUCUAAUCCCUUAUCUAUCUAUCUAUCUAUCUAUCUAUCUAUCUAUCUAUCUAUCUAUCUAUCUAUCUCAGUUAGUUUUGUAUGUCAACUUGACACAAGCUGGAGUUAUCACAGAGAAAGGAACCUCCCUUAAGAAAAUGCCUCCAUGAGAUCCAGCUGUAAGGCAUUUUCUCAAUUAGUGAUCAAGGUGGGAAGUCCCCUUGUGGGUGGUGCCGUCCCUGGGCUGGUGGUCUUGGGUUCUGUAAGAGAGUAAGCUGAGCAAGCCAAAAGAAGCAACCUCUGCAUCAGCUCCUGCUUCCUGACCUGCCUGAGUUCCAGUCCUGGCUUCCUUUGGUGAUGAACAGCAAUGUGGAAGUGUAAGCUGAAUAAACCCUUUCCUCCCCAACUUGCUUCUUGGUCAUGAUGUUUGUGCAGGAACAGAAACCCUGACUAAGACAAUAUAUAAUUUCCAUUAAACUAGAUACUGAGCAUGCAUGGUGGUGUACACCUUUAAUCCCAGCAUUUGAGAAACGGAGGCAGGCUGCUCGAUGUGAGCCCAAGGACAGCAUCAUCUAUAUAGUGGGUGCCAAACCAGCCAGGGCUACUGUCUUAGGGUUAUUGUUGCUGUGACAAAACACUAUGACCAAAAAGCAAGUUGGGAAGGAAAAGGGUUCAUUUGGCUUAUCCAGAUUAUAAUCUGUCAUUGGAGGAAGUCAAAACAAGAACUGAAUCAGGGCUGGAGGCAGCUAAUGGAGAGGCCAUGGAGGGUGCUGCUUACCAGCUCGCUCCCAACUUUUGGAACUUCUGUCAUACACAAAAAACAAAAAACAAAAAUAAACAAACAAAAAACUAGGAUACUGAUUUAGGACUUUUCCUGGAAGUUAUUGUCCUAUUGGUAUGGUUUGUCAAGCCAAAAAAAACAAAACAAAACAAAACAAAAAAAAACCCAAAAUAGUAAUUAAAUGAUAUGUACGUGUAAAAGAAGCCUUAAUUUGCCUCUAGACAUUUUUUAAAAUAACCUUUUUGAAUUCUAUUCUGCCAUCUAUCUUUCUAAUGACCUAUUUACUGAAAGAAUUUAACUUUUCCCUCUCAUGAUGUUGCUUAAGGACUUAGCAUUAUUGGCCGAAUGUCAUUUGUUACAGUUCCUGUGGCUACUUGCCAACACCUCUUACAACCCAGGCUUUCCACCCAGAUCUUCUCCUUGGGGAUUGCAGCUGUCCCCAUACUCACCUGAGUUCACUGCAACCCAGUCAGUCCUCCCUGAACUCUUAGAGCAUUUGCAGACCCACUGAGCAAAACAACAGAUUCACCUGAGCCAGCCCAUACACGGCACUGACUUUUGUUUUUAGUCUUUUUUUGUUUUAUGUAUAGGAGUGUUUUGCUCACAAGUAUGUUUCUGCACAUGUGUCUUCCUGGUAUCCAAGGAGGCCAGAAGAAAGCAUCAGACCCCCUGGAACUUGAGUUAUGGAUGUGGGUGCUAAGAGCCAAACCAGAUCUUCUGCAAGAGCAGUAACUGCUCUUAACCCCUGAGCCAUCACUCUAUCCUUCUUGCAGUAGUUUUGUUUCUGUCUUUGCACUUUUUUGUCAGCAGUCUUUCUCAGUGUUGAAAACAGUGUCACUCAAACAGUGUCCAGGAGCACAAGCACACUGGAAUGUAACUUACAGAGUUGUCAAGUGGGAGUUGCAUUCCUGGCCAUGAGUUCAACAUUAAGGAUUCAAUCUUACAUUUACAAAAAAUGUCAUUAUGCACGAAGACAUACACUUAAGUGGUUGAUGAAAAUAUGGCCAGAGGAUCCUAGGAUCUUAAACCUCAUAGAGACCCUAGGAACAAUGUCUCAUGGCACAACUCCUUGGUUGUGGGCUUUACCAGGAGUCCACAGCCUCUUUCCUCAUUCCUAAGGCCUUCACAAAACUGCUUCACCAUCUAUGAAUGGCUGACAGAUUGCUGUUUCUAUGCUGGUCAAGAGGGGACUUCCUGUUCUGAAAUCAAGAUAAUGUCAAUAUACAGGUGACCAUAGUGAAAAACAAAGUUGCCUGCUUUUUUCUCAGACAGGACCCCUUGCAUCCCAUGCUGGUCUCAAACUUACUAUGUAAGAAAAGAUGGCCUUGAACUUCUGAAUCUUCUGUCUCACUUCCCAAGUACAGGGGUUACAUGUAUGUGUAGCAUCCCUAGAGUAUGGUAUACAGGUGUUGAACCCAGGACUUCGUAUGCUACACAAGUAGUAGAACAGCUUAGUUAUAACCCAA